AUGGUUUCAAAGUCUGUUUUUGUCUGCGGUGCGACCGGUACUCAAGGUGGCGCCCUAGCAAACCAACUUGUCGGCAAAGACAUUAGCGUCAACGCUAUCACUCGAAACAUCAACUCCACCGAAGCCCAACACCUGAUCUCCCUUGGUGUAUCUUUGACCGAGGGCGACUUCAACGAUGAAGAAUGCCUCAAAAUGGCCAUGGUCAAUUGUACCAGCCUCUUCCUCAAUGUACUACCCGACUUUACGAAGCCCACCGGCGAGCUUGACCAAGCUCGAAAGAUUCUCUCGGUCGCUAAACAAACUGGCAUCAAACACGUUAUCUACACCAGCGCCUUGGCAACCAACAACCCCGAAGGACUACCCCACUGGACUCCCACCGGCAUAAUAGGCAUGCUUCUUCUCGGAAAACAAGCAGUCGAAAAAGAAGUCAAAGCCGCCGGAUUCGAAACGUGGACCAUCCUGCGUCCCGGGAAUUUCAUGUCCAACUUCUUAAACCCACUGGUUCGAAUGUAUCAGGGCCUCGUUGAAACAGGCAAAUUUACGACUGCCUUUCUCCCGGAAACUCUUGUUCCGAUGAUUGACCCUAACGAUAUUGGCAAAUUUGCCACUGCUGCUAUCCUUGAGCCAGCCAAAUUCAAUCAUCAGGAGAUCGAGACUGUGUCACAGAUGAUGACGGUCGAGGAUAUAGUGAAGGAUCUAUCGACGGCCACUAGGAAGGAUGUUCAAGCGGUCUUCUUGUCUGAGGAGCAAAUCACCGAUCAACUUCCAAAAAAUCCGACUCUGGGUCCACAAAAGGUGAUGCGCGAUAUAUCAUUGUUUGUUGAUAUGGAGAACGUGCAAAAAUGGGGAAUCGACCUGGGGACCUUCGCUGGAUUUCUAGAGCGAGAAAAGGAGCGGGUAGAUGCGACAUACAUGUAA